AUGACCUCGAUUUCGUCCAGCGUUCUGGAAUAUGAAUAUGAGAAUGGCCGGCGCUAUCACAGUGGUCGAACGGGCCAUUACAUGUAUGUUUCGUGGUCCACGGGUUGUGCGGAGUCGAUGGCUGACACUGAUAGGAUGCCGAACGACGAAGAAGAACAAGAUCGAAUGGACUUGCUACACAAAGCCCCCAUUAAAAACCCACAGAAUAUCUUAGACCUCGGCACUGGCACGGGUAUAUGGGCUCUUGAUAUCGCCGAGUAUGCAACCCACCAAUAUUUCCCUGCAAUGCUGACUCUAGACAGAAAAUUCCCCGGCUCGCAUGUCAUCGGGAAUGACAUUAGCCCAAUCCAACCGAGUUGGGUGGCUCCCAAUGUGGAAUUCAUCGUCGAGGACUUCGAAAGCGAAUGGCAUUACGAGAAAGACAGCUUCGACUUUAUCCACGCACGCUUACUCGCAGGGUGCGUGGCAGAUUGGCCCACAUUCUUCAGUCGGAUCUUUGAGCACGUCAAGCCCGGGGGCUAUUUCGAGAUUAAAGAAAGUGCCGUCUGGGCAUGGAGCGACGAUGGCACACUCACAGCCGACUCGCCUCUCUUCCAAUACUUACAAGCUCUCGAUACAGCGGGGCGAGUCAUGGGCCGUGAGCUUAACAUCUAUUAUAAAUUGAAAGAGUGGAUGAUCGAGGCCGGAUUCGAGGAUGUCCAGCAGUUCACGUAUCUGCUGCCAUAUUCGCCAUGGCCGCGGGACCCCUAUCUCAAGGAAAUCGGCAAAUAUCAGGCUGUGAUGGUUCAGCAGGCUGUGGAAUCAUACGGGUUGCGACUCUGUACGCAGGUUUUGGGCUGGGGUGCUGAGCCCGCUCGUAUUUUCCAGGCUAUGGUCAAGAAGCAGCUGAGGGAUAAGCACCUGCAUGCUUAUGUUAAAGAGUGA